ACGGAGUUUCACUUAGCAACCGGACGGCCAGUGUUACAACCCGAAUCAAUCAGCAUUACACACAGCUACCGUCUUACUGCACCAUUCCAGUGUAGAACACAAAGCCGCUCCCAGACAGCGGCGUGCGGGGAGUUGCUCGUUGUGUGUGUCUGUUGAUAGUUUUUUAAAAAAAUAUAUCGAUGAAGUUGUGCAUGAUGUUGUCAGGGCAGCAGUGGUUGAGUUCGGAGCAGUUUGUAGACUGUACGGACGUAGGUGACUCUUCCACUACAGCCUGGAGUUGAGAGAAGGAUCAGCUAGAGAUUUUUUCCCUGUGUGUGUGUGUGUGUGUGUGUGUGUCUGACUGAGCGGCCAUGUUAACGAGAAAACCCUCCUCGACUGCUGCCUAUCCGACGGGUAAGGAGAUCCACAGGGAAAGGGCCAACACCCAGCCAGCUGCAUUGAACCAGACCCCACGCCGUGUGUUUUCACUCCAACUAAUUUCCAGCUCCGUGCACCUUUCAUAUCGUUGGAAGGGGAACUUUUUUUCCACACACACCCUUCAUGCUUUGACAUUUGGGGUUGGAUGGGGGGGGGGCGGGGUGGUCUGGCCAGAGAGAGGGUGAGAACUUCCUACUAAUGGAAAGUGUGCUCGCCUCGGCGAAUGAGGAUGAGGGUUUGGAGAAUGAUCAACUCACUUUGGUAGUUUUGAAAGGUAGGGCCGCUGACAGCACGGUGUUACAGCCCGAUUACAGGACGGGAACCGAUUGCUCGGAGAGGCAGAGAGGCGGAGCAGGAUCUCGGCUGGGAGACCCGCCAUCGCCCCUAGGAUUGCCGCCACUGAAGAGUCAUACGGUUGGAGGCAGCAAACACACCAUGAAUGAUCACCUACAUAUUGGUACUCAUGGACAGAUUCAAGUUCAACAGCUUUUUGAAGACACCAGCAACAAAAGGGCAAUUUUGACUACACAACCCAAUGGACUUACUGCAGUUGGGAAAACCACAUUACCAGUGGUUCAUGACAAGCACCUGGAGACUUCGCAUAGGCGGCAGGGAAGCUCUGCAUCGGUAAAGUCAACAGACUGUUCUCCAAAACCAAAAUCCAUGGUUAUGACACCAGAGCAAGCCAUGAAGCAGUAUAUGCAUAAACUUUCUGCAUUUGAGCACCAUGAAAUAUUCAACUAUCAUGAAAUCUAUUUCAUUGGUCCAAAUGCAAAGAAACGGCAAGGUGUAGUUGGUGGCUCAAAUAAUGGUGGUUAUGAUGAUGACCAGGGCUCCUAUAUCCACGUACCUCAUGAUCAUAUUACUUACAGAUAUGAAGUUUUGAAAGUUAUUGGCAAAGGGAGCUUUGGGCAGGUUGUAAAAGCUUAUGACCACAAACAACACCAGCAUAUAGCACUGAAAAUGGUGAGGAACGAGAAACGCUUUCACCGGCAGGCUGCGGAGGAGAUACGGAUUCUGGAGCACCUGAAAAAGCAAGACAAAGACAAUACCAUGAAUGUCAUUCAUAUGCUGGAGAACUUUACAUUCCGCAAUCACAUUUGCAUGACAUUUGAAUUACUGAGCAUGAACCUUUAUGAAUUGAUCAAGAAGAAUAAGUUUCAAGGAUUCAGCCUUCCAUUGGUUCGCAAGUUUGCUCACUCCAUUUUGCUAUGCUUGGAUGCUUUACACAAGAAUAGAAUUAUUCAUUGUGACCUUAAACCUGAGAAUAUUCUGCUGAAACAACAAGGGCGAAGUGGGAUUAAAGUGAUUGAUUUUGGCUCGAGUUGUUACGAACACCAACGUGUAUACACAUACAUACAGUCACGAUUCUACCGUGCACCUGAAGUAAUCCUUGGAGCUCGCUAUGGGAUGCCUAUAGACAUGUGGAGUUUGGGUUGCAUUCUGGCUGAACUGUUAACAGGUUACCCUCUGUUGCCUGGGGAAGAUGAAGCUGACCAGCUUGCCUGUAUGAUUGAGUUGCUGGGUAUUGCUCCUCAAAAGUUUUUAGAUCAGUCAAAACGAGCCAAAAAUUUUGUGAGCUCCAAAGGUUACCCCCGUUAUUGUACUGUUACGACUUUGCCAGAUGGCUCAGUAAUUCUUAAUGGAGGACGGUCACGGAGGGGAAAGUUACGUGGCCCACCAGGGAGCAAGGAUUGGAUCACAGCUUUGAAAGGAUGUGAUGAUCCACUCUUUCUUGAUUUUCUGAAACAAUGUCUAGAGUGGGAUCCUGCAUUACGUAUGACGCCCAGCCAGGCACUGCGACACCCCUGGCUUCGCAGACGCUUACCAAAGCCUCCAACUGGAGAGAAAGGUUCAUCAAAGAGAGCGACAGAAAGCAGUGGUGCUAUUACAUCAAUUUCUAAAUUGCCUCCAACGUCAGGCUCAUCAUCAAAACUAAGAACUAAUUUGACACAAAUGACUGAUGCCAAUGGUAAUAUUCAACAACGAACAGUUUUACCCAAGCUGGUGAGCUGAGUGUGAAUAAAUCUAUGCCAGGAAUGCGAGGAAAAUUUAUUGCCGCAUCACUGAGCCUUAUUCAGUUGUAAUUUUGUACGUUUUAGAACCUUGCAAUUAUUCAAGUUUGGAAUUUUAAACACCGUUCUUUAGUUAAGAACUCUGAACAGUUUUGAUUUUGUAAUUGCUGGGGACCAUGCAGUAUUGGAAGUUGGUUAUUCAUGUGUUGAGUGUGAAAACAUUAGCCAUUCUUUCUCCUGGCAUACAAAUAAUGCACUUUGUAGGCAUAUGAAUGGUGUAUGUCAUAUAACAUUUACAGUUGUCAAAAAGUGGCAUUAAUCAUUUAAUGUGACAAAAUAAUGGCAGAUUAUUAUCCACUAUUGGAUGUUUUAGAAUUUUUGAUUUUGCAGAUUGUGGCUUUCCCUAGUCAAUUACAAUUAAAUGAAGGUCUUUUACAACAACACCUUUUUCCAAAUCUGUGGUGAAGCCCUUGGAGUCUCAUGGAAUCUAGUUUUCAGUGCCUCAUAAUUUUUUAAAUGCCUUCCCUGCAUUGCCAUUCCACCUGCUCUUCAUUUCUCUAAAUUAGGUAGAUAAAAAAGAAAGCAAUUUCGGCAAAAUAUGGUAUGGUGGGUAAACUAGUUUGCUUUUUUGUUUCAAAAAGAAUCAGCUUUGGAAUUUGUUAAGUAAUAGCAGAUUAUUUUGGUAAAUCAGAAGAGUUCACUGUCUCUUUGCUGAUGAGAGGCAGUGUUAUUCAGUCACUUGCUGUUGAUCAUGUGAGCAAUAUAAGUCAGUUCUGUGACUUAACAGUUUGCUCAUGGGGAAGUGAGUAAAAAUCAUCACAAAAGAAUGAAGAGAUCGGUGAAGGCUCAGUGAAGGGUGUUUUUUUUUGUACAUUUUAAGCUGGAAUAUAUUGAAGGAACUAAAUGAAUGAACUGCAUUAUCUAAAUGAAGUUGGAAUGGUCUUAAAUACUUGACAUAUCCUUCUCGAUCAUAACCAAAAUUAAACUUCUUUUAACUUGAAAGACUAAAUUCGAAGCAUGGUCCCCAGUUAAUUAAAAUAACUUGCAAUUUUUCCUUUUAAAUAUUUUAUAAAAAUUGCAGAUUCGGAAUUUCGGUCCUGCCCGUUUCAAACACUUAAAGGAUUGUGAACUUCAACUGUUUUUAGCGAUGUUAGUAUUUAUGUGAAAAUUUUGUAUGUUUGUAAAAUUAAUGAUACAAAGUUAAACCUUUACAGCACUCAGAUUGGGUUUAGCCCAGUAAAUCCAGUCUAUUGUUACAGAAUGAGAUCUGAUUUUGUGUAUUUAAAAAGUAUGUUGCAUUGCCUUAGUGCAAUAUUUCAAUUAGCAGAAAAUCCUUUUGUAGUACUUCCUUGAUUUGUAAUAAAUUUUUAUUGAAUGUUAUGUAACUGUACAUUGUCACUGAAAUACCACUACAGAGAUUAUUGCUAGGUAUUAUGAAUUUAUAAAACGCUACCAGAAAGAUAUUUUUAUACUUGAAUUGGCCUGAAAGCUAAUCUGAGCAUUUUAUGUAUGUUCAUUUUGUUGAAAAACAUCUCCAAUCAAAGCUUUAUUUCUAUUGCACAUUUUAUAGUUGAACUUAGAUAGUUAUUACAGCCCAUUUAUUUGUUUAAGGGAGUGGUAAGCUUUGGCUCAGUGUAGUGUGGAUUGAUCAGUACUGUAUACAAAUGGCUCAGAUGGCUAAAUUACAGCUAGCUAAUUUUAGAAGUCAGUCUAGUCUCAUACGUGGCUUGUUUGAACAUACCUGUGGUACAUGUUCUGAUUUGAUAAUUCAGUGUCAUGCAGUCUCAGGUUAUAACAAGAACAGAAGUUUAAUGACUCAGUUCUUCAUAUUGUUGCCGUUCAGGACCAUGUUAGAAUACAUCUCUGCAACAAAAAGAAUCAGUGGUACAUAAAUGAUUUUUAUAGGCUUUGUUUUCUUAUAGCAGGCAAAUUGUGUCCUUAGUGUUAACAGUGUGCCUUUUGUUACCAGUGCCAUGUCGUAGGGUUUACAUGCAAUUGAUCAAUCCUUGAACUAGGCACACUACUAAUGUAGCAGUUUACAUGAUCGUAUUGGAUUAAUUGUUGAGGUUGUCCAGAAAGAAAAUGAAUGCACACUUUGAAUUUUAUGUUAUGAUUAUUCAGCCUGGAUAUUUAACAGUAUAACACUAAAGAAAAAUCUAAGCUAUAGGUUCACUUUGUUAGCUGCUUAAGAAAAGCUACAACCAAAAUAGAAAUAUGACUGCAGGUUUAUAGAGGGACUUGUCAUUUUUUCCGUUUUGAUCUAUCCUUUUUUGUCAUUUUAUUGUAUUCAAAUUAUGAAGGAUACUUUAGUUUCUUCCAAAUGAAAAUCUGAGGAAGAAUGUUUUUGAACAAUCCAUUGGGAGCGAUGGUAGGGAUACUACAAUUGACCUCUACCCUCAAUUACAGAGAAGGGAGGAAAUAAAUUGGUCAAGGUUUUGUCCCCUAAUUAUUUUAACCUUGUCACCAUUAGGCAACUAUGAGCUCAAUUGUGAUUGACCCUGUGAUCAGUACUAUGUUGAGACUCUAGGUUCAAUUUUAACAAUUCAGUCUGCCUACUUGGGUAAGUUUCCAAAGUGCUCUUAGUGCUUCUGAAACCAUUCUGCAAUGAUAAUUCAAGACUUCGGGGAACAAGAGGAAAUUGGAGAAAAGUACACAUUAUAGAUGGUUGGAGGGGGUACGAAAAUUCAGUAUUAAAAACAAAACCUUUUGGACAUUGGAGUACUUUGUGCUCCUCUGUGCAUACUUGUAAUAUGAUCAAAGUGGUUUUGAGUUGAGUGGAUAAGGUAGCUUAAACUAAUAUGAACCAAACUGAUUAUACACCAAUGUUCCAAGCAGAAUUUGUUGUACUCCACAUUUUCAAGUUGAAAAUUUAUUGAUAUACUAUAAUAUAUAAAUGAAGCCAAAAAAAAAUUGUAUCUAAAGGAACAUUUUUAAUCUACCGAUUUGCACAAUUCUGAAUACAAUAAAGAACAUACUGAACUGCUUUUUGAUAACUAGCCCUUUCUUCUCUUUAUUAUUCCAAAAACUAUGCUCAAUAGUAAUGACAAUUAUUUCUCAAUAUAUUUUUAGUAAUGAAGCACUUCAGCAGAUUAAAGGUUCCUAAACUAUAUGUUACUUUGGAAAGCAAUUAGUCUUUAUUUAACUCCCAAAAUGCAUAUCCUCCUGUUCAAAAUUUGUUGUGCAUUUGAAUGUCAUGCAGCCAGUGUGCACAACUGUAAUGAUCAAUUAAUAGAACUAAUUGUGGAUGUGUUAAUUAUUUAUAUUAAUCUGUUUAGAUUAUUCACUUCUAAAUUUGAGCCAUUAUAUGUGCCAUGUACAAGUUCCCUUAAGCCGCUUUAGUAUGGUGCACAAAUUCUUUACCACUCAGUUGCCCCCAAUAAAUACAAUUGAGGUACUUUGUGCACUCUUAAAUAGGCAUUGAAAUACGUACCAAGGAGAAGGUAUCAGUUUAAUUUUACAGUGGAAAUAUGAGUUUAUUCUGAAGUGCAUUCUUGAAGGUUAAAGAUUGCCUACCUAAUUAUAUCAAUUUUGUCUUCAAAAACGUGAAACAGCUUCCAAGAAAAUAUGGUUAAUGCGUUAGGGCCAAGUAAUGAUUUUUACGUUUACCUCAUAAGGCUUUUCUUUUUAAAAAGAAAAACCAGGGUAUUUGGUAUGUACCAAAAUGCAUUCCUUUUCACAUAUCUAGCUAUAUGUGUAGCCAGCAAAUUGGUGUCUAUUGUAUCUGGACACGGUUUGUUCUGUUGAUUUCUGGUGUAACACCAUGAUAAACUUUGUUUAAUCUUUAAGCCACCACUAUUAAUUUUUUUUUAAAUUUUGGAUGAAAUUGAAACUUUUUAAAUGAUUUUUUUAGUCAUCUUGGCAUGUUUCAAGUCAAAUCUGUAAUGAUAGAACUCAAUUUCUGUGUUCCACAAUAUUGAAUAUUUGACUGCAGCACUGAAACCUAAUAUAUUUUUAGUCAGGUUCAUAUCUGUAACUACAGUAUCACCCAAACCUGAGCCAUGUAGCAAGUUUUGUUUAUAGCAUAGUUCUGCUAAAAUGUGUGAAUUUCUAUUGCAAAGGGCAUUUAGUGUUUGGAUUACUCUGCCUAGCUAGCUAUGGUUGCUUAAACUGAGCAGUGGUAGAGAUUAAUUUAAGAUGAGCAUCCUAUAAGAUGUCUGUUUAUAAUAUGCUGCAGUUGUGUACUGUAUAAAAAUACAAUUUUGAUUAAAUGCUGACUUUGUAUAUAUGUCUGUAAAAUUCUUGUGAAAUGCUGUCGCCACCUGAUGUGUUUUUAGUGGAUCCCAGUGGCCAGUUUUAUGAUACUGUAUGUAUUGUACAGCUGAAGACAGAAGUAUGACAUUUUAUAGUGAAUAUUUGUUUAAAAUUAUUGUGGCCCAAAUUAAUUUCAAAAUAAAUUUUAUG